AUGAACGAGUUGCAACUUUGCCAACGUAAUUCAGAUAAAAUCGAAUUGCUAACGGAACAAAUAAAAUCAUUACUCGCAGAGCGUGACAAAUAUCAGGAUCAAUAUCUUAAGAUUCAUCAAGUAAAUUAUGAACUUAAUGUAAAAAAUAUCGAAAAAGAUAAACAACUUGAAGAUAUUUUGGAAUCAAUUCGUAAAAAAGGUUAUAAUUUUUCAUUUUUUAGUUUAAUCAAACCUGAAUCUAACGCAUCAAAAAAAAAGAAAGCGGAGCGG